UGGACGCAUAUAUUCCAAUAAAAACGAAAUGAAAGGUUUAUUUUGCAAAGAUUUAAAAGUUUUAUUUGUAACAUUUAAAAAAAAAAUGAAUUCAAAGAAUUUAUGGAUCUUAAUUUUGGUGAUUAUUCUAAAAGAAGGAUCUGAUGCCGAUGAUGAUUCAAGGUGUGGUAAAUGAACUAAAGAGGUUAGUCAACACGUAUAGGUCAACCGAUUACCUAAACUGGUGGGUGGGGUUAGAAUUUGGUGGCGAGCCCGCGCAGUGUAGAUGGGUUAGUGACGAAGAGUUCAACUCUAAACUAACUGAUUGGGCUCCGGCACAACCAGGAGCCCCGGCAGACUGUGCUAUGUUCGACUACCAGGGGUAUCUCCUUGAAGAAGACUGUGAGUUGCAGCACCCGUUCAUCUGUGAACAAAACCGUACAGCUUUAACAAAUACAACGGCCGCCACAACUUCAACUUCUACAGUGGCACCAGUCACCUCCACUGGGGAGAUGGUAACGGAACAAGAAUUCACUUCCGGUGGACCAGAAAUCUCAACAGUGCGGACCGGGCAGCCGACCACUCAGCAUACGACUCCCGAUGUCGGUCCAAACCAGCCGACGCGUAACCACACGGAUGAACCGACGGAACUUCCGGACGUCAGCAACCAGACUAGCGGUACACCGCGACCAGACAGUGGCAGCGGCAGCAGAAAUGAUCCUAAUGUUUCGACUACAGGUCAGGUGCAUAAAAAUAAUCCCGCUCUGAUAUCCAAAGAACUAGACUGUGGUAUUUUUUUCGGCAUUGCCAAUAUUUGGAUUAUUCAAAUAAUCACGUGGUAUGGAGAUGCGCGGUUCUAUCCUUACGUAAUACUAAAGGCAACAAAAGUGGUCGAAUAGGACGAAAUGCGUUGUCAGUAACGAGAUGUAUGCAUACUUGAAAUGGCAUCCAUCCGAAAUAAUAUGUGAUUUUAGUCAUUUCUUCGUAUUAUUUAUUUUAUGAUUUCACUAUUUUUACUUUGACUAUUUAACGUCCUGAUUACGCUUUUAGCUUCCACUGUACAUAUUCUCCGUUUUUAUAUCCGUUUCGUCUUUGUGUGCGCAUUCCGGAUACAUGCAUAAACAAAAUGCAUAUGAAAGUGGCCGUUAUGCGGUUUAAGUCACAUCAAAAAGUAUGAUUCAGAGCCACAUUUUUGGCUGUUUGACAGGUAAUAGGACAUAUUCAACAUCUUAUCAUGAAUACACGACAAUAUUUUCACUUACUAGUAAGGGUCCCAUAUUUACAGACUUUUGUAAACGUUUACACGGGACAUUAUUAAAACGAAACAAUGCCGUUAAUUAAACGUCGUAGUAAAUAAAUAGUGCCUGUACGCGCACAUAAACUAUAAAGAUAUUUACAGAGGAUAUUUGUUUAUUUCAGUGUAAGAUCGUAUUUUAUUUCUUAAUUACCCCCUUUUUUGGAAAGGGUGUUAUUUAGGAAACCACCCAUGGGGCGCCCCUCACGCAAAAUUAUAGCUGUCAACUUUUCUAUUUCCGGUUUGUUGAGAAAUAGUUCUCUGCUAUUUAUUCUUAUAGAUUAUUAUUCGCUCGUUUUUUUAGUGCAAAGCUUUUAUGAACAGUAAUCAGUGCGGUUUUAUAAGUGCAAAUAUGUUCCAAAAAAUAACGAAAACACUUUUAUUUUAAGUGGGGCAUGAAUACAUAACCAAAUUACUACGACGCUAUUGAAUGAAUGAAUAGUUGGAAGGUCAAAUGUGUUGGCAAAACAAAUGCGGAUAUUCAUUGGAUUUUAAACAUUCUUCUUAGUUUAAGACUGCAUGUGUUUUAUAGUAAAUGGAUAUUCAGUCAUCUACUGUCAGAGACCAGUCUGUUUCGCUUGAAAACAGGUUUGUUUUCCAGGUAAAGAGUGAAUGCCACGCUAGUUUGUUGACAAAUUUUGAGCCGUGGGUGGGGUAAAAAUAUCGGAUUAUCUGUAUAUUGUUGUGUUAAUUUUCCGGGAAGCUCAUUUUACGUAUUACAACGGCAAACAGUUCAGAAUACAAUUGAUCGAUGAUAUAAAAUUCUUGUUAUGUUCGAACAGUUGUUUUCGUCUGUAAUUUGUUUGUUAUGAAAGCAAAUUUUCGAACAUUCAGCUUCAAGACCAAGAAAAUGUUUGAAAAACGGGAUAAACGGUAAUAAAUGGGAAGUUGUUAAUUUCCAAUUAUUUAUUUAUUUAAAUUUAUAAAACAUUUCUUUAAUGUUUAAACAUUAUUUUGCCAACAUUUACUGGUUCAAAGUGAAGUGUUCUGUUUUGAUCAAGGCAAGUAACUACAAAGGAUUUUAAAAGUAGUUCUGAAAGUUGAUAUUUUCACUCCUUAUUUUACAGUUAAAAAUAUCAAAUUGAUGACCCCAUAUUUCAUCGAAAAGCAUGAAAGAAACAUGUUUAUUUGAUUCAUUUUACAAAUUGUACGAAUGAAUGAACGUACGCUAGUAUUUUAAACCGCAAGCAUUAACAAUCAGUAUAUAAAUUAAGUUCUUAUACCAUUAUAUCAUAAAUCUUUGCACAUAUCUAUCAAAUACAAAAUAUUUUCACGAUCUUACGUUCAUAUUUACGCCGAAAACACUCAUGUUGUGACAUCAUCGUUGCACUGUUGAAGGCUUUUUUAAAAUUUUAUAGUUGGAAAACACUGUUUUGAAGUAGUCCAAUCUCUGCACUAUUAAGAUACUUUACAUAUCAGGGCAUUUCAAUUACAUCUGUAAAAAGUCAGAUUUUUUCUCCCAAACGUUAAUUUCGAUGAUAAGCAGGUUGUCAACAUUCUGUUAAAAACAGGCCCUUUGUCAGCAUUUCCUGAGUAAUGCGGCCGAAGUAUAUUUAGGAACACACAGGGGCAUGCUCCCGUAGGCAAGGCUUAUAUUUCACGAUAUAACAUUUGAAGCCAAUUACCAAUCUAUUUUUUCAAUGGUUUAUUUACCCGUUUAGGUAUGUAUUUUCAUGCUAAGGCAACGGCUAAUCUCCCUUUAUGGUUAACAGUAAUUAUUUGAUAUGGAAAGCCAAAACAAUAAAAGCAAAUGUUGUAAUUACAAAACUAUUUUUCCGUCAAAGCUUUUCAUUGAAUGAAUUAACACUGCAAAUUUGUAAAGAAUGAGUAUCAAAAUGGAAAGCUACACUUUCAAAACACAAAUUAUUAGCGAUUUAUUAAGAAUAUUAAAUUUUCUCUUUGGUCAUAUACAAAGUGUUUUUUUUUCUAAAUUGUCAUAUAAUUGGUCCCAUUCUAAUUAACAAGAAUAUACCCAUUUAAAUUAUGUGGUAGCAAAUUCACUUUUUCUCCAUCAUUUUGACCGGUAUGCUUUAUUGCCAAACAGUCCCAAUUUAAUCUUACACCCAGAUAUUAUUUUAUAAUUUUCUCUAUAUAUUUCCAUUCACAAUUGCUUUGUUUCCAAACAAAAUAACACGUUGCGUGACACAAAACAGAAUGGAAUUAAGAAGUGUCUGCAUAUCUCUUCUUCUACACCAGCGAUUUUUUUGUCUUGCCCUUAAAAUACAAUAACAUAUACUCAUUACAGUUUCAUUGGAAUACAGCCUUGGACUUUAUGAUGCUCGUUUAGUGCUUUUACAUACUUUAUAACAAAUUCAACCGUUAUAAAUUUAUUUUGAAUGUUGCUUUACUUUAGACAGAGGAUGAUGAAUUAUGAAACAAUUUGUAUGGUAAAUAGCCUGCAGUAAUUGUUUCAGUGAUUGCACAGUGAAAUAAAUAUCACACUUGAUUUAAGAUAUGGUUGUCUUUGAAUAAACCUUUAGCCGCUGGACUCAUGAUUAUUUCUUAUUUCCAAUAUUUUUAAUUGGUUUCAUGAUUGUCUCCUGACCAGUGGCAACACAGUUGUGUCUAACUGCCCCCAAAUGGAGGUAUAUUAUAUACUGAAGUCGCAAUGGCUAUAUGCCUUUCAGUUCCUUUGGUUUUACAGCUGUAACUGACUCAAUUUUAUUUGAUUUUUAUUGAAUUUUACAUCAUCAAUGAUCAACGGAAGUUUUGUUUUGCAAAUAAUUUGUACUCAAGUCGUUAAGGCGAAGGUCACGUUAAAAAUGACGUUUCCAGCCGAGGGGUGAUAUCAAAUGUAUCCCUCGUGUCCAGCCGAGGGGUGAUAUAUAUUACCAAAUGUAUCCCUCGUGUCUUGCCAACGCGUGAUAUAGAGUACUAAAUGUAUCACUCGUGUUUUGCAGAGGCUUGAUAUAUAGUUCAAUUGAAUCCCUCGUGUCUUGUCAAGGCGUGAUAUAUACCACCAAAUGUAUAUCUUGCGUCCUGUCGAGCCGUUAUAUGUAGUACAAAUGUAUCCCUCAUGUCCUGUCGAGGCGUGAUAUAUAGUACCAAAUGAAUCCCUCCUGUCCCGCCGAGGAGUGACAUAUACAACUAAAUGUAUCCCUUGUGUCCUGCCGAGCCGUAAUAUGUUGUACCAAUUGUAUCACUCCUGUCCUGCCGAGGCGAGAUAUAUAGUAUCAAAUUUACCACUCGUGUCCUAAUAAUGUCAAGAAUGUCACUCUGUGUGCGUUGUAGAGCAAAUGUUUUAAAAGUGUCUAUACAAAAACUCACUUCACUUAUUAAAACCACUUUCUCUGAGCUUUCACAUUCAACACAUUUAUUGUCAUCAUCUUGGUUGAAGGUAUUUACGGCAGAGUUCUUCAUCUCAAUGAGAAUGACAGAAACAGGGCGACCGCAGUUUUUCAUGGUGUUUUCGCACGUAUAAAUAUUGCUCUAAAUGUAAGUGAGGGUGCUUAAGUCCUGAAUGAAUAGGUCACGCAACAACCCAAACCCAACCAGGGAUGGGGGGGGGGAGCAUCAUCCUCACUCUCCUUGUCCCAAAAGCCGAUCUUCGUAAAACACUAAAUGGUAUCUGCCUUCACUUCGUUCCAGGAUGAGUUUAUCCAAUAAAUUUGCUGUAAGAUUUUCAAUACUCUGAGGAUCUCUGGACCGGUCUCUGAAUUGUGCCUUUCUAUCUCACCCAGCACAUAUGCAAGAUGCCUCUUCUUGUUUGUUAAAUUUCAACGUCUGAAUGAUGCCAGCGUGCAUUGGCCGCAGAACUUGAUUGCAGUUCUUAGGAAAGAACAGCAGCUUCACGUUUAUCAGCGUCAUGUUAGGGUGUACGGGUGCGUUGUCCACAAAGAAAAUGAAGUGUCUGUUCGCAGCCCUCAUUUUCCGGACAAGCGCCCAACGAAGCGAUUCCCGAAGACCCCGAUUAAGCGGAGAAGAGGCUGGCUUUCAUCGGAAGUUUGGCGGCGCAGACUCAUUCCCAGACGACCGUACUCUUUGAUACCCAACAACGCAUCACAGGCCAAAAUUAUCAUAAAGGUAUUAAUAUUGUACAAUUAUGUUGCUUUCAUAUAACAUUAAGCUGAUGCAGUGCCUGGGUUGCUUGUUCAUUACAAAACAGCGGAACAAUUGAUCUAUAUACCUCAGGUAAACAACUGAUCCACAUCUUUCAGGUAAACAAUUAAUCUAUGUGACACUUUGAAGGAAGACUUUAGUAAGUUUAUAGAUUAGUACACUUAUGUUUCGUAGUUUUGUUCACUAUCUUAACGUUUGUAUAAGGAUUCAAGCUUUUCACAUUUAAGUCGAAAACAUGCUUCGUAAAAGUUUCACAUUUUCUUUCUUUGUUUGGUUCAUGCGAUCACUUCAUUGUGGCAGUGGAAAACUACUUGUUUGAGUCCUGGAUGUAAGAGGUUUUAAUAGGCAAAACUUUGACCCUUCGGGGAAUAUGACGUACAUGUCUGCAAUGUAGUUAUGACUUCAUUUGAUUUAUACACAAGCCUAGUGGAAUAAUGUUUGCUUGCCUAACCGGUUAGUUUUGGUACAGAUAUAUAAAACCCUUAUAUAUAAAAUGUCUAAAUGAAAUGAAAAUCUCUCAGAGAGUACCUUUCUUGCGCACUGUCCUUACAAUGCAAUUUUUGUUUUGUGUAAAAGGUUCCUAGAAAAGGCCAGACUUCAUGCAUAACUGUACCGGAAACUUUUAAUUAUAUAUAUAUUUAAUAUCGAUAUGGUUGCGAAAAUGAGACUAAUUUAUUGCAUCUCGAUUCUAUUUGAACUUAUAACGGCAUGACAGAAAGCAACUUUCUCGUGCUUUUUGGACCAACAGGUGACUUUUGCUGCAUGAGCUGUUUCCGUUUUACUGCUGUUGGUGCAUGAAAAGAGCUCAUACCAGCGCCGCCGAAUGGGGUAACAUAGGUGAUAGUAGCUACGCAGGCUCCGCCUCUCGGUACGGAUUAGUUCUGGUUUAAUCGAAUGAUGGUCUUGAUUGUAGAUUUGUGUGUUUUGUUUGCAUGCAUAGUUCAUUGAACUGCAUAUUCAAUAAUGUCAUACAAAAGUAACCAUUCUAUUAAACAAGACCUAUGUAUAUUUCAUGAAUUUGUUUUAUUAAUAUUUUGAAACGGUGCAAAAUGCUUAUUUGUUCUAGAUCACUGUAUAAUUCACUACGAAUGCAUUGUAUUAGUUUUAAUUCAUCAGGAAGUUAAUUAGGGCGUUAAAUGAUUAAAUAAACUUGACAUUUAACACAUUAUCUUCCCUCAUAGCAUGUGCUUGAAUACAAGUUCACAACUACGCCUUAUAAUGCACGUGUUUGUUCAAGUACUUAAAAGUGGAUCGUUUCCCACUGCUUUUUCAUGCUUCAUAUAUGAGGUAAACGGUGCCAGUCAUCUUUUUCUUAAAAUACUAUCAUACCGCACCCGUACUUAGUAAUUUCUUCGUAAAUAAAAAUCCACCGUCGCUUCGCUGUGCUCCGCCCGAAUGGGUUACUUGUUCACGAAGAAACUUCUCUAUAAACUCUAACCUAUACUAAGAAAACUAGUUAAUUUCUAAUCCAACCCUCCAUCAAGCCGCUCUCUCCCAUAAUAUCCGGACCAACCCACUUUACGCGUUCCUCUCUUGUUGCAGUCCGUUCGUGGGGAGCGGAACUCAAUCCACAAACAUCUCGUGUUCACAAUAUUUGUGACUGAAAUCCUCUUCCUUGCUGGUAUACAGAGGACGGAUGAUAAGGUAUGUACAUUACUCGACAUUGAUAGUGGUCUCGUGGAAUAGGUUAUGGAUUCGAUCCUCGCCUGGUCGAGAGUGAUAUAGUUGUAAAGUUUUCCGCCUCUCACCCAAGAGGUUGUGGGUUCGAUCCCCGCCAUGAUAAAUUUCCAAAAACCUCUCAACACCUGUAUUGGUUCUACCCAGGAGACGUUAUCGAGCUAAACACUACUACCUCGUCGGAUAUGGUACAUAUAGAGGCAGGUCAAACAUUUCUACCUUGUCAGAUAUGAUACGUAUCGUAGCCGGUCAAACACUACUACCUCGUCGGAUAUAAUGUGUAUCUAGGCCGGACAAACACUUCUACCUCGUCGGAUAUGAUACGUAUCGUAGCCGGUCAAACACUACUAGCUAGUCGGAUAUAAUAUGUAUCGUGGCCGGUCAAACAUUUCUUCCUCGUCGGAUAUGAUACGUAUCAUGGCCGGUCAAACACUACUAGCUAGUCGGAUAUAAUAUGUAUCAUGGCCGGUCAAACAUUUCUACCUCGUCGGAUAUUAUACGUAUCAUGGCCGGUCAAACACUACUAACUAGUCGGAUAUAAUAUGUAUCAUGGUCGGUCAAACAUUUCUACCUCGUCGGAUAUGAUUCGUAUCGUGACCAGUCAAAAACUACUUCUUCGUCGGAUAUGAUACGUUUCAUGUCCGGUCUAAUACUACUUACUCGUUGGAUUUUGUUUGUGUCGUUGCCGGUCAAACACUACUAUCUCCUCCGUUCCGAACGUGAAUUUGCGGUUGAAAUGAAAUAUAUAAGUAAUGAAACACACAACAAUAGUGGCAGCAGUUUCUUCUUGAACAUUGUUUAUACAUUCCGAACCUUCUUGGUGGAAUUUCUUAUUAGGAUGAACGGUGGGUAUUUCUCCUCCAUAUUGCAGGUGAACCUGUUGAUAUUGAUGUACGCCAUGACAGCGGUGUUUAAACAUUCAGAGUAUGUAUUUACGAAGGACAAGUCCCCGACAGGAAACAUAAGGCCGGUGGUUAAUUGGUCUGUAUGUUUAAUAAAUAAUGAGAAAGAAAUGAGCCAGGUAUGUGGCUAUAUAAUAUGCAUAAUACAGGAAACUCGUUGAACACACUCUUUUUUCGGUUGAAAAUUAUGCCGAAAUUUGGCCUCCGUCAAAUCCCAAAAUGUCAACGCUUUCGCAAAUUGGGACUCAUGUUUUAAAUUCUUAUUUCUUGACAGGUUAAUCAGUAGAUAUAUGUUUUAAUGCAGUCGGGUGUUCUUAAAAUUCUCCAAAUCCAGUAUAAUAAAGGAGGCUUUGCUUUGUUUUUUUUCGUUUGAAAAUACAUUUUGGUAAAUAAUUUAAGACAUUUUGUUGCUAUAUCACAAUUCCAAGAGCCCACGCACCAUUCUCAAAAAGGGGGAGAAAAAACUAAAGAUGCUCUACUUUUUUAGCAGGUUAAAGGAAGUUGAGGCUUGAGUUAUUUCGUGGUUUAUUUUUACGUUUCAGCGAAAAGACAUAAAAUAAUGGUUUCAUUCUGCAUAGCUUAGUUUAUUUCAGAAUAUCUUAAUGCUGCACUCUCACAGAUCGGACGUUUUGACAACGUUUUUUUUUUGUCUUGGAACGAGCAGUUGUUUGCGUAAAUAUCUGAAAACCAGUGAUAAAAGACUGAUGACAAAAGAUCAGAUCGCAGAUUAUCAUAUUUCCUCUCCAAAAUUGAUGUUUUAUGUAUUUUUCUUAAACCGUAAGUAACGGUUUAAGCCAAUAAAACAUUAAAUAUGGAAUGGAAGUAUGAACAUUUGCUAUUUGAUCUUUUGUUAACAGUCUUUUAUCACUGUUUUGCAGAUUGGCACGCAAAAAUUCAAAGACAAAAGGUAGUAUUUACCUAUUCUUUACUUAUUCUUUUUUUAUAUUAUAUUAAAUGGAACAAUGUCCAAGCAAAUGCUCCCAUACUAAUCUUAGUAUAAUGUGUCCAAAACAGUGCGUAUGUUGCGGAAUUCCACGUUCCUGUCGUACUUUUAGCGCUUUAAUUUGUACAUUUUAUAUCCUUGAAUUCGUUACUUCCCGUUUCAACAUGCCCAGUUAAAUAUAUUUUUUACAAAAAAUACAAACAAAAGCAAUAGACACAAUAAAAGAAAAAGGAUGUAGUUUCAAUACGACUCAAGUGAUCAGUAUGUUUAAUUUUGAAAUCAGACACCUAGUUGGUAGGUGGUGAUUAAUAUUUCGUAAGUUUGAUAUUUGCAGAAAAACAAUUGGCAAUUUGGAAUAACCAGCCGGUGAAUGCAUGAACAACGUGUUUUAAAAAGUGUUUGUCACGAAGAUACAUAUGUGUACAUGCAUAAAAGUACAUUUAGCGUGUGAUUUCUUCACAUGUAUACCUUAAGACCAUAUAAAUAGACAACAUAGAAUCCCCAACCACCAACUGGUUGGAUAUUCGAAUUUCCAACUACCAACUACCAAUUACCUCCAAAUUGUACCGUCAUAAACAGAUACACUUUUACAUGUUUUACACAUCAUAUUUUGGUACUGUUUAAGGGCGUGGAUCCAAGGAGCCCUGGCACUUGAAGUGUUGCUGGGCCUCACGUGGGUGUUUGGCUAUUUCUAUAUCAGAGAGGAGGCCCUUCCAUUCGCAUACCUCUUCACCAUUUUCAACUCCCUUCAGGGCCUCUUUAUUUUCGUAUUCCACUGUGUACUCAAUAAAAGGGUAGAACUUCCGUACAUGCGUACAUGUACAUGUAUGAUUUUCAUUUAUUUGAUUUGUCGUAUUGUUAAACAUUGAAUAGCAAUGCGUUUUGUUUGGUAUUUCUGUCUUUCGAAAGUAUUGUGCGUAACUUACAGUUUAAAGAUCAUAAAGUUAUGCGGCGGCUUUUUAAUGCAUGACUUUUAUGCCAGUUCUUUUGGUUUAUCUAUAAUAACUACAAAGGUACAACCUGUAUAUUCUUUUCAUUUGGAAAUGUACAUGGUUAUAACUUUGAAUCCAGUUUUCUCUUCUUUAAGUACAACAAUAUACACUGUUCUUUUCAGAUCCGCAAGGAGUACGAACGGUUUAUCGACUAUCAGCGGCGGCCGUCAUCCAGCGGCACUCACUCCUCCAAGGCGAACGCUAUUGGUCACUCCAACGGCCUCCAGCUUCACCGACGCUCAGAGCCGGGUUUAAAAGACCUCACUAAGACAGGCAACGGCACGUCGCACGCUCACUGAUGCGUGAGAAUCCGGGUCGUGAUAUCACGAGGACCAAACUACAUGAAGCUUAUACUCACAACGUGCGUGAUAAUGCCACGUGCUAUAUGUUGGUGAAAAUCAGGCAUGUAUGCAUUUGCGCUAUAAGACAUCAUGUGUGUCUCGUGCACUAACUGUGUCCGUGGAUUAAAAGUGACAGCACCAAUAAUUCUGAGAUACGAGGAACCGCAUGAGUUCCAUGCCUCGGACAAAUUAGUCUAAAAACGAAAUAGUCCACUGAACAUUUGUACGAAACUUUAUAUAUAGGCCAAGCAUAUUAGCGUGUAUUAUUUGAUAGACUAGAACUCAGUACCGGUGUCUCUCUAUUUAAUGUGUUUGUGCAAAUUUGUGUGGACCAAACCUCGGAAUACCAAGAAAGCACUGCUUCACUAGUGAAGGGGCAAGGUGGUUAAAAAUAGCGUUAUAUAACGAAGCAUUAUCAGCCCUUCUUUGGAUAAUAGCAGAGAGUUCCGAUUGCUAAUGUAGUACCGUUACAAAGCGCUGUUUUUAAAGCUACUCGCCUAUUGUCCAAUUUUCUCGAAAGUUCAAAAGCAUAAAAAGCCUAAGUAGCUUAUUUCAUUAAACAAACUUUCUUUAACCAAAUAAAAAAGUAUUUUUUCGCGAUUUUUAUAAAAACAGAUUCCUUUUCAAGUUCAAAAAUCCUAAGGAAUAUGAAUAUUACACAAACAUUACCUAAAGAAAAUAGUGAGAUUAGCUUCAUCUAGUCAUGUAAGACUUUAGAUGUUAAUUUAGGGCCAGAUGUUAUUUUGUAUGUAGCAAUAUUUUGAAACUCAGAAGGCAUGUACUUGUGUUCAGUUUAGAAUAAGCCAUUGGUUUUUUAUUAUAAUUCGUUUUCGAUAGAUACGCUGUUCGUUAUUGUGUAUUGUUCAAGGAGCUGUGAAUUUUCAAAACAUCAUUUACUGAGACUGGUCAAUAGAUAGUAACUUUGCAGUAUAACGGUAUUCAUUUUAGGUUCCUAAAGUAUGCUAUAUAGCUAGUACAAUAUAACAUUGUUUAUGUUCAUAGUUAGGAUUUCAGGUUAUAUCUAUAAAUAUGGAUCCAUUUUUGCAUAAUACUCACAGGAUAUUGUCUGUAAAUGUGUUUUCACAAUUGAAUCAUUUACAUUAACUAUUGAAUGUAAGUUUAUAUAUUGUCGGUGAUUCUUAUUUAAUAUUAAUGUGCAUAUAUGUCCAACCCCCUUGCCUCAAAUGAUCUAUACGAAACCGCAGAUUUUACAGAUCAAUUAAAAGCGUAACCAAACACAAAAUCAUUGCAUUCUUGUUCACUUACGAAAUUAAUUUAAAAGUAAUUUAAUUUGGGAUGGCAUUCUACCUGUUUCGUACAAUUCACAGUAACUGCUAUAAUAACAUAUUAAUAUGAAAUAAGCAAUAUGCUCCGCUUCAUACCAAAUACAAUCAUGUCAUUGACUCAUACGAAAGUUUCAAAAUCUCUGUUGAAUGUUAAAGAUCUGCGACCCUAUCGUGAAGAAUCCUGAGAGUGACUUUGUACCUAGGAGCAAUUUUGUACCCAGGAGAGAUUUUAAAUAUUGGAGUUAUUGUGAAUCUAGUUGGAAUGUUGCAACUCAGAGCGAUGCUGUCCCUUGAAAUAAUAAAGUUUACCAAUGAGCAAUUUUGUAUCUAGGAGCGAAUUUGUAAGCAGAAAACAUUCUUUCUGUGAAAAACUUUGCACCUAGAGGUGAUUUGCUAUUUAGAAAAGUUUUUUACAGUACGGUAAUCUUGUUAAAUGUCCCUUCUAAUAUACGAUAUAGCUCUAAGGUUUCUUCAGAACCUCAGAUAUAAUAUAUUUUAUUCCGAAGUUGAACUCAUAUAAACUCUGUGAUAUCACUCAGUGUAAAGUCAUUUAAGCAUAUUUAUGUUUGAAACUUAUCUUUAAGUAUUUUCUUCUAUCUGUAUCAACAUACUUAAAAUGCAAUAAAAUCUGUAAAAACAA